AUGCAAUUUGAAGAGAUCAAGCUCUAUCAUGAAGCGGCGACUUUACAUAAUUACUUUUAUGUUAAACCAUGUUGUAUAUCCUGUUGCAUUUUCACCCGGCGACCAACGGCAAUCGAUGAGAAGAAGUUGAUCAAGGAAAAGAGAACUUUCCGUAAGUUCAGCUACCGCGGUGUUGACCUCGAACAACUUUUGGACUUGUCCUCUGAACAGUUCAUGGAGCUCGUUCACUGCCGUGCUCGCAGAAGAUUCCAGCGCGGUUUGAAGCGCAAGCCCAUGGGUCUUAUUAAGAAGCUUCGUCAGGCCAAGAAGGAAGCUGCUGCUGACGAGAAGCCCGCCGUUGUCAAGACUCACCUCCGUGACAUGAUCAUCGUUCCCGAAAUGAUCGGUUCCGUUGUCGGUAUCUACAACGGUAAGACCUUCAACCAGGUUGAAAUCAGACCCGAAAUGGUCGGUUUCUACCUCGGUGAAUUCUCCAUCACCUACAAGCCCGUCCGUCACGGUCGUCCCGGUAUUGGUGCCACCCACUCUUCCCGAUUCGUUCCUCUUAAAUAA